GUUUUAGCCUUCGAUUAUAAGCUGGGCCGAACUGCUAACCCAAACAAUCAGUUGCUUACCGCAGACCAAUCGACAUGGUCAACAUUAAAUUAACUACUCCGCUCCUGCUGAUGUCCUUGGCGUUAGUUAGCGCCAGCAUCGGUCUGGAUUCCCCGAAAGAUGGUUCAUUGGAGCUCGUUAACCCACCAACCUACCACACCAUUUCCGGACUCAGACGCCUGGCGGUGGAGUUCUUCGACCACUACCAGAACAUUACCAAUUCGGAUCUGGUGCAGGAUCUGCUUCGGGAUCAGCACACUCGACUUCCUUCCACGGAUGCUCGGCAAUGCCUGGCAGAUCUACAAAUACUUGCAAAAGAUGUAUCGAGUGCAAAGAUCUGGGCCCUAAAAAUGAUCGACUCGUGGGGCACACUGCCUUCGGGUAUCCUCUACGGCAAUCUGAUUGAUCUGGGAAACUUUGACGAGUGCCUCGGCAUAGAGCACCAUGUUACCCCCAGUCAGAGUGUCCAGGGCAAGUACUGCCUCACCAGGAUAUCAAUCGCGCCGAGCAUAUCGGAAUAUGUGUCACUUAAGACAGCGGUCUGUUUUCCCGCCUCCUGUUCCGCCGCCCACAUGGACACAAUGCUACGGAAGUUAUUGCAGAGUCUUCUCAACUUGGAGCUCAAUCCGGAUGAUCCUCUAGUGAGGGAGGAUAGAUGCAAGACUGCCGAUCGAGAACCCUACGAUGGCCUUACCAUAUUCACCAUAGUCGUGCUGUCGAUAUUAGCCACACUGAUGGCCCUGGCCACUCUAUAUGACUGCCUAUUGUGCCGGGAUGAAAAAAGCCUAAAUGUGUGGAUCAAGGCAUUCUCGGCCCGUGCCAACUGCCGAGUGCUCUUCCGGCUGGCGGACACCAGGAGCAACCCCAAUGUCAUUGACUGCCUCCAUGGGAUUCGGUGCCUUUCGUUCAUCUGGGUGGUAUAUGGACAUGUAUAUCUCGUAUUCCUCUUCGGUCCCAAUAUGAACAUUGUCAAACUGCACACGUGGCGCCAAUCGGCGUAUAGCAUGUUAUUACAGCAUGCAGCUUAUUCAGUGGACACCUUCUUUUUCUUGAGUGGCCUCUUGCUGGUAGUGAUUGCCCUGCGAGCAAUGGAGAGGACCAAGGGACAGCUCAAUGUGCCCCUGAUGUAUCUGCAUCGCUAUCUGCGUCUCACUCCGGUCCUGGCCUUGUCCAUCAUCGUGUACAUGAAGAUCCUGCCCCUGAUGGGCGACGGCCCGCUGUUCGGAAAGGUUAGCUUCGACGAUUACUCAAUUUGCGAACGCACCUGGGUCUGGACGCUCCUGUAUGUGCAGAACUAUGCCACCAACGAAAUUUGCUUAGGCCAUACCUGGUACCUGGCCGUCGACAUGCAGCUCUACAUCAUUGCUCCCCUACUCCUCAUCGCGCUCUUCAAAUGGAAAUCGAAGGCUGCCGCGGCGAUCUUUGUCAUCAUGCUACUCCUGGCAGCUGGUCUUUUUAGUAUAAUGGUCGUCGAGAACGUUUCUCUAAUUUCGUCCAGCAAUAAUGCGAUGAAGAAGAUCUAUUACUCGACACACACUCGAGCGUCGCCGUAUCUCAUUGGCGUCCUGUUUGGAUACUUCCUGCACAUUAACCGGGGAAAGUCCUUCAAGCUGAACCGCCUCACUGUCCUUGUGGGCUGGCUAGUUAGCUCGGCCCUGCUCUUGACCUGCUUGUUUUCGGUCUUCGGGUAUGCGAAGGCUUUGGAGACACCGCCAAUUUUGGAGGAAGCGUUCUACCUGACCUUCACAAGGAUCGCCUGGCCCUUGGGCCUCUGCUGGGUGGUGUUCGCCUGCAUGCAAGGAUACGGGGGACUGGCCAACAGCUUCCUCUCCUUCCCGCUGUGGCAGCCCCUGUCCAAGCUCUCCUACUCCGCGUACAUUAUCCACAUGUUCAUCGAGAGCCUCAACGGUGGGAUAACGCGUACCAACACCUACUUCAGUGACUACCAAGUGAUGCUUCGUUUCUGGGGCGACUUUGGAUUCACUAUGCUCCUCGCCUUCGCCAUUUACAUCCUGAUUGAGGCGCCCUUCGGAAGUUUGGAAAGCCUCUGGCUUCCCGCCAAGAAACCCAAUCUCCCUGCUGCCGAACAGUUCAAUGCGAAAACAGUGGGAUGUAUUCAGGACGCCCCACAGCUCGAAAAUAAACUGCCCAUUUCCUACAAAUAA